AGGAAAGCUGGCACUUGGCCCAAGUUAGCCACACUGAGGCAUGUGCCUCGUCAUAAAUGGGAUAUCACUUCAAGGGGGACUAUGUGUGGAUGGACCUGAGAUCCGGGCAGGAGUUUGACGUGCCCAUCGGGGCGGUGGUGAAGCUCUGUGACUCUGGGCAGAUCCAGGUGGUGGACGAUGAAGGCAACGAACACUGGAUCUCCCCGCAGAAUGCCACACACAUCAAGCCCAUGCAUCCCACCUCAGUCCACGGUGUGGAGGACAUGAUCCGUCUGGGGGACCUCAACGAGGCCGGUAUCCUGCGCAACCUGCUCAUCCGCUACAGGGACCACCUCAUCUACACGUACACAGGCUCCAUCCUGGUGGCUGUGAACCCCUACCAGCUGCUCUCCAUCUACUCUCCAGAGCACAUCCGCCAGUACACCAACAAGAAGAUUGGGGAGAUGCCCCCCCACAUCUUUGCCAUCGCUGACAAUUGCUACUUCAGCAUGAAGCGCAACAGCCGUGACCAGUGCUGCAUCAUCAGUGGGGAGUCUGGCGCAGGGAAGACGGAGAGCACAAAGCUGAUCCUGCAGUUCCUGGCAGCUAUCAGUGGGCAGCACUCCUGGAUCGAGCAGCAGGUCCUGGAGGCCACCCCCAUCUUGGAAGCAUUUGGGAACGCCAAGACCAUCCGCAACGACAACUCGAGCCGCUUCGGGAAGUAUAUCGACAUCCACUUCAACACUCGUGGCGCCAUCGAGGGCGCCAAGAUUGAGCAGUACCUGCUGGAGAAGUCGCGUGUCUGUCGCCAGGCCCCGGAUGAGAGGAACUACCACGUGUUCUACUGCAUGCUGGCCGGCAUGAGCCAGGAGCAGAAGAAGAAGCUGGGCCUGGGCCAGGCCACUGACUACAACUACCUGGCCAUGGGUAACUGCAUAACCUGUGAGGGCCGGGUGGACAGCCAGGAGUACGCCAACAUCCGUUCCGCCAUGAAGGUGCUCAUGUUCACCGACACGGAGAACUGGGAGAUCUCCAAGCUCCUGGCUGCCAUCCUGCACCUGGGCAACCUGCAAUACGAGGCCCGCACAUUUGAAAACCUGGACGCCUGUGAGGUCCUCUUCUCCCCGUCGCUGACCACAGCUGCUUCACUGCUGGAGGUGAACCCUCCAGACUUAAUGAGCUGCCUGACAAGCCGCACCCUCAUCACCCGUGGGGAGACCGUGUCCACCCCGCUCAGCAUGGAGCAGGCGCUGGAUGUGCGAGACGCCUUUGUCAAGGGCAUCUAUGGACGGCUCUUUGUGUGGAUCGUGGACAAGAUCAACGUGGCGAUCUACAAGCCUCCCUCCCAGGAAGUGAAGAACUCCCGCCGGUCCAUCGGCCUCCUCGACAUCUUUGGGUUCGAGAACUUUACUGUGAACAGCUUCGAGCAGCUGUGCAUCAACUUUGCCAACGAGCACUUGCAGCAGUUCUUCGUGCGGCACGUGUUCAAGCUGGAGCAGGAGGAGUACGACCUGGAGAGCAUCGACUGGCUGCACAUCGAGUUCACCGACAACCAGGACGCCCUGGACAUGAUCGCCAACAAGCCCAUGAACAUCAUCUCCCUCAUUGAUGAAGAGAGCAAGUUCCCCAAGGGCACGGACACCACCAUGCUGUACAAGCUGAACUCACAGCACAAGCUCAACACCAACUACGUGCCCCCCAAGAACAACCACGAGACCCAGUUUGGCAUCAAUCACUUUGCAGGCAUAGUCUACUACGAAACCCAAGGCUUCCUGGAAAAGAACCGGGACACCUUGCACGGGGACAUCAUCCAGCUAGUCCACUCCUCACGGAACAAGUUCAUCAAGCAGAUCUUCCAGGCUGACGUGGCCAUGGGCGCCGAGACCAGGAAGCGCUCGCCCACACUCAGCAGCCAGUUCAAGCGGUCGCUGGAGCUGCUGAUGCGCACGCUGGGGGCCUGCCAGCCCUUCUUCGUGCGCUGCAUCAAGCCCAACGAGUUCAAGAAGCCCAUGCUGUUCGACCGGCACCUGUGUGUGCGCCAGCUGAGGUACUCGGGCAUGAUGGAGACUAUCCGAAUCCGCCGCGCCGGCUACCCCAUCCGCUACAGCUUUGUGGAGUUCGUGGAGCGGUACCGUGUGCUGCUGCCUGGCGUGAAGCCAGCCUACAAGCAGGGCAACCUCCGAGGGACAUGCCAACGCAUAGCUGAGGCUGUGCUGGGCACCCAUGACGACUGGCAGAUUGGCAAAACCAAGAUCUUUCUGAAGGAUCACCAUGACAUGCUGCUGGAGGUGGAGCGGGACAAGGCCAUCACUGACAGAGUCAUCCUCCUCCAGAAGAUCAUCCGGGGGUUCAAAGACAGGUCCAACUUCCUGAAGCUGAAGAAUGCUGCCACACUGAUCCAGAAGCAUUGGCGGGGAUACACCUGCAGGAGGAACUACGAGUUGAUGCGCCUGGGCUUCCUGCGGCUGCAGGCCCUGCACCGCGCCCGGAAGUUGCACCAGCAGUACUGCCUGGCCCGCCAGCGCAUCAUCCAGUUCCAGGCCCGCUGCCGUGCCUACCUGGUGCGCAAGGCCUUCCGCCACCGCCUCUGGGCGGUGCUCACCGUGCAGGCCUACGCCAGGGGCAUGAUCGCCCGCAGGCUGCACCGGCGCCUCCGGGCAGAGUACCUGAGGCGCCUAGAGGCGGAGAAAAUGCGGCUGGCGGAGGAGGAGAAGCUCCGGAAAGAGAUGAGUGCCAAGAAGGCCAAGGAGGAGGCAGAGCGCAAGCAUCAGGAACGCCUGGCCCAGCUGGCUCGUGAGGACGCAGAGCGGGAGCUGAAGGAGAAGGAGGCGGCUCGGCAGAAGAAGGAGCUGCUGGAGCAGAUGGAGAAGGCCCGCCACGAGCCCAUCAAUCACUCUGACAUGGUGGACAAGAUGUUUGGCUUCCUGGGGACUUCGGGUGGCCUGCCAGGCCAGGAGGGCCAGGCACCUAGUGGCUUUGAGGACCUGGAGCAAGGGCGGACAGAGAUGGUGGAGGAGGAUGUGGAUGCGGCCCUGCCCCUGCCUGACGAGGACGAGGAGGACCUCUCUGAGUACAAAUUUGCAAAGUUUGCUGCCACCUACUUCCAGGGCACAACCACACAUUCCUACACCCGGCGGCCACUCAAACAGCCGCUGCUCUACCAUGAUGAUGAGGGCGACCAGCUGGCGGCUCUGGCAGUCUGGAUCACCAUCCUGAGGUUCAUGGGGGACCUCCCGGAGCCCAAGUACCACACAGCCAUGAGUGACGGCAGCGAGAAGAUCCCUGUGAUGACCAAGAUUUAUGAGACUCUGGGCAAGAAGACAUACAAGAGGGAGCUGCAGGCCCUGCAGGGCGAGAGUGAGGCCCAACUCCCUGAGGGGCAGAAGAAGAGCAGUGUGAGGCAUAAACUGGUGCACUUGACCCUGAAGAAGAAGUCCAAACUCACAGAGGAGGUGACGAAGAGGCUGCAUGACGGGGAGUCCACGGUGCAGGGCAACAGCAUGCUGGAGGACCGGCCCACCUCCAACCUGGAGAAGCUGCACUUCAUUAUCGGCAAUGGCAUCCUGCGGCCAGCACUGCGGGAUGAGAUCUACUGCCAGAUCAGCAAGCAGCUCACCCACAACCCCUCCAAGAGCAGCUACGCCCGGGGCUGGAUCCUCGUGUCUCUCUGCGUGGGCUGCUUCGCCCCCUCUGAGAAGUUUGUUAAGUACCUGCGGAACUUCAUCCACGGGGGACCGCCUGGCUAUGCCCCGUACUGUGAGGAGCGCCUGAGGAGGACCUUUGUCAAUGGGACUCGGACGCAGCCGCCCAGCUGGCUGGAGCUACAGGCCACUAAGUCCAAGAAGCCCAUCAUGUUACCUGUGACAUUCAUGGAUGGGACCACCAAGACCCUUCUGACGGACUCAGCAACCACAGCCAAGGAGCUAUGCAAUGCAUUGGCCGACAAGAUCUCGCUCAAGGACCGCUUUGGGUUCUCCCUGUACAUCGCCCUGUUUGAUAAGGUGUCCUCCCUGGGCAGUGGCAGUGACCAUGUCAUGGACGCCAUCUCUCAGUGUGAGCAGUAUGCCAAGGAGCAGGGUGCCCAGGAGCGCAAUGCCCCCUGGAGGCUCUUCUUCCGAAAAGAGGUCUUCACACCCUGGCACAACCCCUCAGAAGACAACGUGGCCACCAACCUCAUCUACCAGCAGGUGGUGCGCGGGGUCAAGUUCGGGGAGUACAGGUGUGAGAAGGAGGAUGACCUGGCGGAGCUGGCCUCCCAGCAGUACUUCGUGGACUAUGGCUCCGAGAUGAUCCUGGAGCGCCUGCUGAACCUUGUCCCCACCUACAUCCCGGACCGCGAGAUCACACCCCUGAAGACACUUGAGAAGUGGGCCCAGCUGGCCAUUGCUGCCCACAAGAAGGGGAUUUAUGCCCAAAGGAGAACGGAUGCCCAGAAGGUCAAAGAGGAUGUGGUCAAUUAUGCCCGCUUCAAGUGGCCCUUGCUCUUCUCCAGGUUUUAUGAAGCCUAUAAGUUCUCAGGCCCCAGUCUCCCUAAGAAUGAUGUCAUUGUGGCUGUCAACUGGACAGGCAUCUAUUUUGUGGAUGAGCAGGAGCAGGUGCUUCUGGAGCUGUCCUUCCCAGAGAUCAUGGCUGUGUCCAGCAGCAGGGGAGCAAAACUGACCGCCCCCAGCUUCACGCUGGCCACCAUCAAGGGGGAUGAGUACACCUUCACAUCCAACAACGCCGAGGACAUCCGUGACCUGGUGGUCACCUUCCUGGAGGGGCUCAGGAAGAGGUCUAAGUACGUGGUGGCCUUGCAGGACAACCCCAACCCUGCGGGUGAGGAGUCAGGCUUCCUCAGCUUCGCCAAGGGAGACCUCAUCAUCCUGGACCAUGACACCGGGGAGCAGGUCAUGAACUCAGGCUGGGCCAACGGCAUCAACGAGAGGACCAAGCAGCAUGGGGACUUCCCAACCGACUGUGUGUACGUCAUGCCCACUGUCACCAUGCCGCCACAGGAGAUCGUGGCCCUGGUCACCAUGACCCCUGACCAGAGGCAGGAUGUCAUCCGGCUCUUGCAGCUGCGAACUGCAGAGCCCGAGGUGCGCGCCAAGCCCUACACGCUGGAGGAGUUCUCCUACGACUACUUUAGGCCCCCACCCAAGCACACGCUGAGCCGCGUCAUGGUGUCCAAGGCCCGAGGCAAGGAUCGGCUGUGGAGCCACACACGGGAGCCACUCAAGCAGGCCCUCCUCAAGAAGAUCCUGGGGAGCGAGGAGCUCUCGCAGGAGGCCUGCAUGGCCUUCAUCGCUGUUCUCAAGUACAUGGGUGACUACCCAUCCAAGAGGAUGCGCUCUGUCAACGAGCUCACAGACCAGAUCUUUGAGGGGGCCCUGAAGGCUGAGCCCCUCAAGGAUGAGGCAUAUGUGCAGAUCCUGAAGCAGCUGACGGACAACCACAUCAGGUACAGUGAGGAGCGGGGCUGGGAGCUGCUGUGGCUCUGCACCGGCCUCUUCCCACCUAGCAACAUCCUCCUGCCCCACGUCCAGCGCUUCCUGCAGUCCCGCAAGCACUGCCCGCUCGCCAUUGACUGCCUGCAGAGGCUCCAGAAAGCGCUGAGAAAUGGGUCCCGGAAGUACCCUCCGCACCUGGUGGAGGUGGAGGCCAUCCAGCACAAAACCACCCAGAUUUUCCACAAGGUCUACUUCCCUGAUGACACUGAUGAGGCCUUUGAGGUGGAGUCGAGCACCAAGGCCAAGGACUUCUGCCAGAACAUCGCCGCUCGGCUGCUCCUCAAGUCCUCCGAGGGAUUCAGCCUCUUUGUCAAAAUUGCAGACAAGGUCAUCAGCGUCCCAGAGAAUGACUUCUUCUUUGACUUUGUGCGACACCUGACAGACUGGAUAAAGAAAGCACGGCCCAUCAAGGAUGGGGUCGUGCCCUCGCUCACCUACCAGGUGUUCUUCAUGAAGAAGCUGUGGACCACCACGGUGCCGGGCAAGGACCCCAUGGCCGACUCCAUCUUCCACUAUUACCAGGAGCUACCCAAGUAUCUCAGAGGCUACCACAAGUGCACACGGGAGGAGGUGCUGCAGUUGGGGGCACUGAUCUACAGGGUCAAGUUUGAGGAGGACAAGUCCUACUUCCCUAGUAUCCCCAAGCUGCUGAGAGAGCUGGUGCCCCAGGACCUCAUCCGGCAGAUCUCGCCUGAUGACUGGAAGCGGUCCAUCGUCGCCUACUUCAACAAACACGCAGGGAAAUCCAAGGAGGAGGCCAAGCUGGCCUUCCUGAGGCUCAUCUUCAAGUGGCCCACCUUUGGCUCCGCCUUCUUUGAGGUGAAGCAAACUACAGAGCCAAACUUCCCUGAGAUCCUCUUAAUUGCUAUCAACAAGUAUGGGGUCAGCCUCAUUGAUCCCAGAACCAAGGACAUCUUGACUACUCACCCUUUCACCAAGAUCUCUAACUGGAGCAGCGGCAACACCUACUUCCACAUCACCAUUGGGAACCUGGUGCGCGGAAGCAAACUGCUCUGUGAGACGUCACUGGGCUACAAGAUGGAUGACCUCCUUACUUCCUACAUCAGCCAGAUGCUCACAGCCAUGAGCAAGCAGCGGGGCUCCAGGAGUGGCAAGUAAACAGUGGAAGGAGGUGCUGGCUCUGUGCCUGCUCUCCAAGGAGCAUCUGGCUCAGGCCCAUCCAUUACUCCUGAAGCUGGGAGGACCUUUGCCAUCCAGGCAUGGAGGCUGGGCUGGCCAUCUACUGCAGACCACACCAAAUGGGGCUCUGAACUAUCUCCCACGAGGUCAACUUCCCUCCACCUGUGCAUGGCGCCUGUGUUAGCUCUCAUCCUAGCUUGCUGUGGUCUUCCCAGU